AUGGAGCAGGCACGUGUCGUCGUAGUCGGCGCUGGGCCCGCUGGUCUCGUCGCUGGACUCUCUUUGGAACAGCAAGGUAUCGCGAGCAUCAUCCUCGAAAGGGAGCCAGGCAUUGUCGAAGAUCCUCGCGGGGUCUAUCUUGCUGCUGAUGCUGUCCGCAUCUUGUAUGCCCUCGGACUGGGGCCUGAUAUGCCAAAGAUCGGCCAUGGCAUCCUUGAUGUCCACAAAGACAGUCUACAACAGACGGUCCCGACUGGAAUACUGCAGAUUCAACCAGAGUUAGGAUGUGAGGUGGAGAGCCUUCGACAGGAUGGUGAUGGUGCUAUCAUAGAGUACAAGGAUUCUAACGGUUCGAAGAACACAUUACAGACAGAAUGGCUGAUCGGAGCCGACGGUAAGAGAGGAGUGGUCCGUAAAACAUUCCUGGAGAAGGUGGCAGACAUACGACAAGUGCACUCGAGCUAUCGUUACGAAGGAACAUGGAUAGCGGCGAACCUCAAAUUAUCGCUGCCCACACCCGAGACUCAUCCCGAUUUCCCAGCUUGGAAGCUUGGUAUGAGCCCUCAGGAGGUGUAUGAUCUUUUCUGGCCCAAGGGCUGGCAUUUCUGCAGCCCACCCGGAAAGCCCACAGCUACUGGUCGAUUCGGGCCUCAUGAGCAGCGAUACUGGCGAAUUGCUAUGGGAGCAUCUCACUCCAAUGAUAACCAGGACGGAAGACAGCAGUGGCCUUUCACAUUCACCCACAAGAUUGUCAAUCGAUGGUAUCACCGCAAGACCGUCCUCAUCGGGGAUGCUGCUCAUGUCUUCCCGCCAUUCGGCGGACAGGGUAUCGCUAGUGGUAUAAGGGACGCACAUCAGCUGGCUUGGCGCAUCGCUCUCAUUGAGAACGCAUCAUCAUCAAAUGCCACACAACUGUCGUCGGAUGCCAUUCUCGAAGCCUGGUCGAAAGAACGUACGCAGAGUGUCGCAGAUGCAGCCUAUCUCACCAAGAUGAAUGGUACCUUGUGCAACAACGCAAGUCCAAUGCUGUUCACUGUUAUACACUUCAUUCAAUGGGUGGUCAAGCUCCUAUUCCCAUCCGCCGAGGACUACGACCCGCAGGCACUUGGCGAGCGGAAUGGCAUGCGCAAUCUAGCUGGAGGUUUCUUCCUAUCCAAACAUGGUGGCGGGCUAAGGAUACCGCAAGUGUUUGUCGACACCAUUAUGAAGGGCACGGUAAAGUCUGACGAGUUCUUCGUCUCCGCUCCAUCACCCAUGCAGAUCUUGGUCCUUGUCAGAGGUGAUGGAAAGCCACAAUCCGGACGUCAUGCAAUUCGCACUUUGCUCGACAAGCACCAAGUACCUCAUGGCGUGAUUUCCCCAGAUGCCACGUCUACACUCAGCUUGGCUCCGUGCAGUCCAGAGAGUGUUGGAUCAUUCGCUGAACGUAGCGUUCGGAAAGCUUCCUUGACCCCCUUGAGGCGUCUGAAUAAACGACAAGCAAGACCAGGAUAUAGCGUCGAUGUCUUCGAUACCCGGCUGGGGAAGAGCACGCAGUAUGUGAUCCUUCGGCCGGACUUUUACAUCUUUGCUACAGCCCGGGAUGAGAGGGAAUUGGGAGUUUGCUUGCAAGGUCUAAAGGGAAUGCUCGAAGUGUCGUAG